AAGGAAGGUUGGUUGGUUGGAUAGAGUGGAGUAUUUAAUGAAAUAUCUAAGCAAAAAUAUUUACUAAACCUUUGGCAAAAUUUGCAGGAACAGAAGACAACCAAAACCAAUUGAGAAAAAAUCUGCUUGGAGCAGCAUCUCUAAGUUUUUGAAGUCUGCCACAGAUUUUUAGAAUAGCAGUAGUUUGGCAUCAUUCUCCCAAAUUUUCCAUUUUUCUCAGGGAAGUUAUGUUAACAGCUGUCGGAGAAGAACUAAACAAAGUGAAGCAGUUAAAAUGAUCAAGAACCCAUUGCCAAGGCUAAUUUGAUUCAUAAGUCAGAAAACAAUUUUACAAUGGAUGACAAAGCAGAAACAAUGUCGUAUCAUUGGCGAGUUCAGCAAUUCUGGAAAAAAAUUGGCAGAUUGCCCUCUGACAAGAAUUUGGAUUUAAACAAUUGUACGUUGAAUGCAGUGGAUAUAAUGGAGCUGACUACUGUAAUAUCAUUGCUGCCGGAUUUGGAAGAGAUUGAUCUUUCCUGGAAUGACUUCAUAGGAGGAGCACUAGAACCUCUGGCCCUUCAGUUCAAACAUCUGCAAGAGCUGAAAAUCCUCCAGCUGAACAGCUGCAGGCUCGCAACCAAGGACGUGGUGUGUUUAGGAGAAGCACUAGAAGGAAUUUCUCACCUUGAAAUACUAGAUUUAUCAUGGAAUCCUGGCAUUGGGGGAAGCCUUUCCCUUCUAACCUCCAAAAUCCUCAAAGGCUCUAAACUCCAUACAUUAAAAAUAACAGAUUGCUGUCUUACUCAGCAAGAUGGCAAAUCACUAGCUGAGCUUCUAAGUAGGAUCCCCAGCCUCAAAAUUCUGGACUUGUCAAUCAACGUAAAGUUGGGAUGUAGCCUUAAAAAUAUUGCUCAGGAAUUACGGUUUGUCUCAAGGUUGCAAGUAUUAAAUCUGAAUGCAUGUGGAUUAGAACAAGAUGGCUUCCAUUCCUUAGAUGCUGCUUUCCAAUAUUUAUCGGAACUGAGAAUAUUAGAUGUAUCAUGCAAUAAAUUGAUUGGAGGAGUUUUCCAGUCUUUGGCUGGUCAUUUGGCCAGUUUAAGUAACCUUGAAAUCCUGAAUCUUCACCAGUGUUGUAUUACAGAAGAGGACAUGUUGGUUUUAUCCCAGAUAAUACCUCUUUUGUCAAAUCUUCGGGAACUGAAUUUAUCCUCAAAUACAAAUGUAGGGAUAUCCACCUAUCAUCUUCUUAGCAGACUCCGAUUUUUACCAAAACUGACAUCUGUGCUCCUCAGCAAUUGUGCCUUGCAACAUGAUUCAUUUCUGUCUCUAGCUGAUGCUGUCUCUCAUCUUCCUGAACUGAAGUUACUAGACCUUUCUUGGAAUAAAUGUGUUGGUGGGAACUUGAAGCUGAUUCUGAAAGCUUUAAACCCUGAUUCCAAGAUCCAAAUGUUAAGGGUGAGCAGCUGCAGUUUGGUGGAUAAAGAUAUGAUUGAUUUGGCUUUGAUCAUCCCUGAUGGGCAUCUGGCUCAGCUAAAGAACCUGGACCUCAGCUAUAAUAACAGUAUUUCAGACCAAGGAUGGGAGACCUUCUGCAUAAGCCUAUCUGCUCUCGGGCAACUUUCUGAAUUGGAUAUUAGCUGUCGUCCUUCAUCCCGGCGUGGCUGUGGGGAAUGGCUUGGGAAGCUGUUGGAUGCCCUAUCUCAGAUACUUCUGUUCACAGACCUAGAACUAAAUGGUUGGCUUCUUUCUGCAGCUCAGCAAAAGCUACUUGAAGAUUCCAGGUUGAAUAAGAAACGAAAUGCCCAUUGCAACCUGUGAUACGGAGCCUAAAAUUUUGGAGUAGUCUACAAAUGAUGCUGGACAUGGUAUAUCUGUAUACUGCACUAGUCAAAAAGAGGGCUGUGAAAAUAUUUACACACUCCUCACAUCCUGGGCAUAAACUGUUUCAACUCCUACCCUCCAAACAAUGCUAUAGAACACUGCACACCAGAACAACGAGACACAAGGACAGUUUCUUCCCUGAACACCAUCACUCUGCUAAACAAAUAAUUCCCUCAACACUGUCAAACUAUUCACUAAGGCUGCAUUACUAUUAAUCUUCUCAUCAUUCCCAUCACCCAUCUUCUUCCACUUAUGACUGUAUGACUGUAACUUUGUUGCUUGUAUACUUAUGAUUUAUAUUGAUAUUGUUUCCUGAUUGCUUAUUUGUAGCCUAUGACUAUCACUAAGUGUUAAAUUUGUACCCUAUGACUAUCGUUAAGUGUUGUAAGUGUUGUACCUUGAUGAAGGUAUAUUUUCUUUUACGUACACUGAGAGCGUAUGCAUGCCAAGACAAAUUACUUAUGUGUCCAAUCACACUUGGUCAAUAAAAAAUUCUAUCUAUUUAUCUAUACUGAGGUCCUCCUUACUAAAAGUGGGUUUGUUCAUUGAUUCAGACAUAAAAUAUUACAGAGAAUGCAACUCUUCUAUUUUUUUCCGCAAAUCACUCAAUAUCCUGUCCCUUUAUUUAAAUCCAUGUUUCCUUUAU